AUGGUGGACCUAAGGAAAAUGAUGAUGAAGAAUCGAAAGGUGGCAGUAAAAACAAACCUAAUGGCAACUUGUACUAUCAUGCAAAAAGUGACAACACUGAAAGAUCCUAAGAUAAUCCAUAGGAUGAUCCUUGAAAGUUUAGGCUUGGAGGAUUAUUACGAAUCACAUAUAAAGUCGUUGGGGUACUCAAUAAGGUUUGCAAAUUACUAUAAAGAUGUAUCGGAUGAAGGAGAUAUUAUUGCUUUGCCUCCCCACAAAGACCCAAAUUAUAUAGGCAUUGUUUGCCAGCACAAUGUGGAAGAGCUUGAACUUGAGAAUACAUGCGGUGAAUGGAUAAAAGCAAAACCCUUCACAGAUUCUUUUACUGUUUUAGUCGGUGAAGCACUCAAGGUUGGUGUAUUGGUUGCAUAA